CUACGCCUCUUAUGCACACUGCGUUGGUAGCAACUUGGUGCCGCCGGGCAUCAGCAACGCAUGUCGUCAUUAGGCUAUAUGUGUGUAUUUUUUUGUCUGUCUGCAUUUAUGUUCUUUCAAAGAUAAGUUUACUGCGAUUUAGGAUCACAACAUAGCUAAUAUGGCGACCGCAGCGCCUAAUCCAGAGGAAUCGACCCGAAGUGGCGGCAGUAUCGGCUCAGCCAGCGCCCUUACUGGGGACGGAGACUCGGAGGAAGCCGAGGACUUCAGCUCCUCCUCCCACUGCUCUGAACUGUCUCACCGGCAGAACGAGCAAAGGAAGCUUGGGUUGUUCUGCGACGUGACUCUGGCCUUCAGCGGUGGAGCGGCUACUGGGAGUGUUACGUGCUGUGAGUUAUCUGCUCACCGCUCGGUUUUGGCCGCGGCGACAGAUUACUUCACCCCGCUUCUCGGUGGACAGUUUUCAGAAUCACUAUCUGGACGAGUGGAGAUGAAGGAAUGGAGUUCUGAAAUGGGGCCAGACCCAGAGACUGUAGAAAGCGUUAUACAAUACAUGUACACUGGGGAAAUUCGUGUCAGUACUGCUAAUAUUCAUGAAGUGCUGGAACUAGCUGACAGGUUCCUCCUGCUUCAGCUGAAGGACUUCUGUGGCGAGUUCCUGAAGAAGAAGCUGAACUUAACCAAUUGCGUUGCGGUGCACAGCCUGGCCCACAUGUACACGCUGGACCAGCUGGCCCUGCGCGCUGCCGACAUGAUCCGCCGCAACUUCCACAAAGUCAUCCAGGACGAGGAGUUUUACACCCUGCCGUUCCAUCUGGUGCGGGACUGGCUGUCCGAUGCAGAGAUCACGGUGGACUCUGAGGAGGGGCUUUUUGAGGCUAUCGUGAAAUGGGUGCAGCGGAAUGCCGAAGAGCGAGAGAAGUACUUCGAGGAGCUCUUCCGUCUCCUGCGGCUUCCCCAGAUCAAGCCCACCUUUCUGACACGGGUGGUCAAGUCCGAACGCCUGGUGGCCGACAAUGAGGCCUGUCUGAGGCUGGUGUCGGAGGCUGUGGAAGGCCACGCCAUCCGCUUUGAGAACCUGAAGUCGGCUGACCUGGAGUUCUGGACCUCCUACAUGGCGGCCUUCCAGCCACGCUUCGGCCAGAACAUGGACGUGAUCAUGGUCGUGGGUGGGGUGUCAGAAGGGGGCGACUACUUAAGCGAGUGCGUGGGUUAUUUCUUGUACGAGGACCGCUGGGUUAACCUGCCGCACAUCCACAACCACCUGGACGGCCAUGCUAUCGCCGCCACCGAGUCGCACGUCUAUGUGGCGGGGUCCAUGGAGCCUGGCUUCGCCAAGACGGUGGAACGGUACAACCCCAACCGCAACACCUGGGAGCAAGUGAGUAACCUGACCACACGCAAGCACUCAUUUGGCCUCACCUGCAUCAAAGACACGCUCUACAGCAUCGGAGGACACGGCAACUUCAGCCCGGGCUUUAAGGACGUGAGCGUGUACGAGCCGGAGCACGACCGGUGGCACAACCUGGAGUCCGCUCCCAAGAUCCUGAGAGACGUGAAGGCGGUGAGCGUUGAGGACCGGUACGUCUACGUGACGGCCCGUACGCCGGUGGACAUGGACAACGAGGACGGUUUGAAGACCAUCACCACUCGCUACGACACGGAAAGCCGGCAGUGGCAGGAGGUGGACUCCCUGCCCCUCAUCGACAACUACUGCCUCUUCCAGAUGGCCGUGGCGCCCACCAAUUUCUACCACACUGCCGCCUGCUGCCCCAAGAGCUACUCGGUGCAGGACGAGGCGGCCCAGCAGAAGAUCAGCGCCCGCAUCUCCGACGAGAUCCUGGAGAGCCUGCCGCCCGAGGUCACCAGCAUCGAGGGCGCGGCCAUCUGCUACUUCGGCGAGGACGUCUUCAUCAUCGGAGGCUGGAAGAACAGCGACGACGUGGACAAGCAGUACCGCAAAGAGGCGUACCGCUACUGCGCCGAGCGCAAGCGCUGGAUGCUGCUGCCGCCCAUGCCCCAGCCCCGCUGCCGGGCCACUGCCUGCCACGUGCGCAUCCCCUUCCGCUUCCUGUACGGCUGCCAGCGCUACCCCAUGCCCCAGAACCUGGCUCGCCAACGGGACCGCAUGCAGCAGAUGCAGCAGCUGCACCGCCGCACGCUCACGCUGAGGAGACAGCUGCAGUCUCAGAUCGAGUGCUGAAAUCGCCCUGCCGUCCUGCCAUUUUCCCGUUGUAUGGCGGGGGUGAUAUUGCACAAAACACUCGCACCGCCUCCGUAUGUGGUGAGGAGUGGUAAAAUGUGACAAUGUGGAUGGAAUCUUGUAUAUUGACAAACAUUUGAGUACAGUAUGUCAUGUACAGAUGUGUUGGUGUCUAUGUGUAUGUAUACAAUGUGCGGUCUUUCACAUUAAUGCUUUACAUGUAAAGGUAUAUGCUAUAAGCCUGACUUUAGGUUGUGCUGAAAUUCCUGUUUUAGGCAUACACAGAGGUCCCGGGUUUCUGUUGGAUAACAUUCUCUUCUCUGUCAAAUCUGUAGUUAUGUUUUAGUUAGUGCACAUGCGAGCUAAAAUAAUUAUCGAUAGGAUUAUCUUCAGAAUACAUGUUCAGUAGUGUGCUGAUAUCCUGUAUCUGAGCUGCUAUCUAGGCAAUGCAUAGCAUUUUUUUGCUUAAGGUGAAAGCUUGUUGCUGCUCCUUCCUUGGCUCUUAUGGUGGUAAGAGGCUGCCAUUGUCUUUAUGUCUCCUUGCACUUAAUGUAUUGUUUGAUUAUGGCAUGGAUGAAAGUUUGAAAGUAAAUAUUUUUGUUAUUUUUAUCCAUGCAACAGAAAGAGGUGGUAUAGAAAUGGUUGAUCAUUUCCCUUCAGUCUUAAUUCUCUCACACAGGUUCAUGGGGAUACUGCCACUACAUCACACAUCACAAUUUCACAGCCAGUUACAUUCUGUGAAGUCAGUACAUGGGCUGUAGUCUCCUAAAUUCGAACUAUUUUUGCCUGACUGUUGGUUACACAAUGAAAACUGCCACAAAAAUUCCACGUCAGUCAGUUUUAAUAUUUUUUUGGGACCAAAGCUUCAUGGCUUUCUAUUAUUCUCACUGACCUUGAGCCAUCUCUCCAUCUUGUUCCAGCACACACUCCACUUACAGUGCAUCUUGCAUAUCAAUGUAUGCAGUUAGUCUUAUGUGUUAAUGGACUCAAAAAUAGCUUUCCGUGGUUUUAAACUUUUAUUUUAAAUAAAUUUUUAUGAAUCAAUGUUAGUGAGUCUCUAGAAAAUGUACCAUUCCACUGUGUAACUAAGCUUACAUGCGUAUGUUCUUCCCUACUACAUGCUGAAGACAUUCCUUUCCAUCUCUCUUCAAUGGAAAAUCAUUUUGGUUCUCUGUGAACUUUGUAUAUGAGUUAUGUUGGGCACUUUAGUUCCUUGUGCUCUGUGUGUUUCUAAGGUGGUUCACUACACAACAGCAUCAUUGUGUUUGUCUUAAAAUGACCUUUAAAGGUAACAGCUCUAAAAGCAAGCAAUUGUCCCUUUAGCCAUCAAGAUAGACACUGCCAUUGUAUUUAUGAAGACCAAUUCAUGUACCUUACAAUAAUAUUUUUUGUAAACUUGAAAGAAAAGCUAGUUAUAUACAUAUACUCAAUCAGGGGCAAAGGAUUUCAUUCUCAUUUUUUUCCCACAAAAUUUCUGCUUAGUUAUGCUUGAUGCCUCACUCGGGAGAGCAGAAGAGCAUUAUUGAGCAUUAGUCUGUAUUUUUUUAUAUAUAAAUAUGUUGUGGGUUAAUUCCUGCUUUGACCAUGCUGCCUGUUCAAAAAAUGGAUUUUCCAAGAUUAAUUUUGACUGCAUGCUGGCUCCAAAAUGCACAGUGAACUAGCUUCAGUGAAUAAUGUGUAGGUUAUAGCCAUAUGUGAUUAUUGCAGUGUCACAUCAAACGUCUUUAAAUAUAGCUGAGAAACACUCAGGUUGCUGUACAUGGUAUACCAGGUUGUCUGAGCAAUAUUUUUCCAUUUAGUUUGUAUGUCUCACAGUAAUGCUAGUUUUUCCCCUUCUAUCACCAGCUAUCUUCUGACAUGACAUAAUUAUUUUAGAAUUUUUGUGGAAAUGUACGUGUGAUAUGAGCACAUUCAAGUUGAUGUAUUGCCAAUCUGCAAGAAUCCUGUUCUUUCUGCUUUUGCCCCUGUGCUGUAAUGUAAAGUCCAGAAUUAUAUUUAUAUUUUGCCCUGCAUGUGACUUGUUUCAGCACACUGAGGCAUGAUUGUAACAAUUGGCAAUAAAAAUAUGUUUUGUAUAAUUA